AUGUUGGCGGCCGAGCAUGAGAAUAAAUAUAUAGCAUCCGCAAACGCGGGGUCGUCCUGCACACGCUCCAAAGCAAUAGACGCAAUCCUCGACUUCUACCGCUUCCUCACUGACAUCCCCUACAUCCCACCCGAAAAGCUGAUGAUCCCUUCUGGGACAGGCUGGGACGGAGUCAACGCCGAGGAACUACAAAGACGCGGCAAAACCGACGAGGUCAUCGACCUGCUCCGGCAUCUCCCGUAUCUUGACCAGGAGCUAUAUAGCCAUCAUUGGACUCUGUCCUACAAUACCUUGCACAUAAACUAUGCCAAUGGUGAGCUCUACGAUGAUUUUCUAGAAAAAGACCAGGCUGUCUUGCCACUUCCUGGCCAUAUCAUCUGGCUCUCUAAAGGCUUUGAGCGCGCGGGAUACUAUUUACUGCUCAAUACACAGACUUGGGAUAUCAUCGAGUAUACGCUUUUGGGUGAAAGUAUAGAAGUUGAUUAUAAGACGUAUGAGGCUCUGCCCGUGGAGAUCAAGUGGACUGCGUAUAGCAGGAUGCCGGCAGACGAGUACUUUUAUCUGUGGAAAUGGCGCCACAUGACGAUGAGUUUUGUUAUUGUUGGAGAUGGGAAAUCGUAUGUGGGCACUGCCGAGACGUUUUUCAAGGAUCCGAGGCAUUUGUUUGAGGAUAGUCUCUUGCCAUCGGAUUCGGAAGAUGAAGAGGACUAUCUGCCUGACUCGAUUUCUUCAGAUGAGGAUGAUGACGACGAGAUGGAUGACAGUGGUGAAGAGACGGGCGAAGAGACGUGCGAAGAAAUAGAGUCUAUUCGCGCAGAGAUCGAGGAACUCUCCCUCGCCGAGCCUGAUCCUUCCCAUGAAGUGAAUGAAGACAACAACAACAACAACAACAACAACAACGACGACGAUCGACCAUCAAAGCGAAACCGCAGCAUGCUAUUCCUUCUCACCAGAAUAGCAAAAGCCGACGAAAAGCACUAUUUUACAGAAUUCUCUAUCGCAAGAAGAAAAGACAUGAGAGAGUUAAUUUCGAUUUACGUCUCGCAUGGAUGGCCAAUGCCAGCCUUUGAGUGGAAAGUCUCGGGCCGGGAGGAGAGGAUCCCCCCAGACGUGAAAGAUCGGCUUGAUUUGAGUGGGUUUGAUCGCGCUGGAUGUCGUGAGAGGCUGGAUGAGUGGAUACGUCUUUGGAGGGAAAGGGAAUUGGCCAAGUUGAAUGAGUUGACGAAAAGCAUGCGCUCGUAG